GCGUGAUGUACGCCAUCGACGCUUGCUGGGUCUUCAUCGCCUCCGUCGUCACGUUCGCGGUGCAGGACGUGGAAUAUGAUGUCCGCCUAAAGAGCGUGGCGUGCCUGGGCGGCUUCGCCCUUCUGUUCUCCUUGGGGUCCGCUUUGCUUUCCGUCCACGCCGGCGGGGAGGUCGCGGUGGCGCUCCUCGAUCCAUCCACCGUGGACAGUCGCCGCGAGGGCGGGCAGGCUCGCGCCCUCAGGGCGGUGCCCCUUCCCAACGCUGCGGCGAUGGAGCGGGCGCUGCGCCGUCGCCUGGUCCAUUGGCUGCUGGGCGUGCUCCCGGGCCGCCGGUGCAACAGGCUCUUGGCCAACAUGCUGAGCAUCCAGCCCCGCGGUUUCUCGAGA